GCCCCCCGGAGCCGCCGCCCCCCGGAGCGCGGGGGAGGCUGAGAGGGAGUGACCCCCGGCCCCUCGCCCCGGGCUGGGACAGCUGAGGGGGGGCGCAACAUGGCGGAGGCCAAGGAGGAGGGGCCCGGCCCCCGCGGCAGGUUUGAAGAUAAAUCUGAUGCGGUAUUUGAUAUUACAGAAAAAUGUGGUGAAAUUCUGGAUGCAGAGAUGUCUGAGGAUGCUGACCACAACUUAACACCCGCCCUCGACAGCUUGUCUUAUGGAGUACCGAAUCGAGCAGGACCUGAAAAUUCACUGCAGGGUGAUGAUCAUGAUUAUUUUCUGAACUCUGGGGAUCUUGCAGGCAUACCUGUUGUUGGGAAUGACAACGAAGAUGAUCAGAAUUUCACUCCAAAAGACACUCUUUCUUCAGCAAUUAAUGAUGAAGAUCAUCUGGAAGAGGGCAAGAGAGUUCCAGAUCACGAACUGGACAGUGAAAAAGAAAUUCAGGUUCAGAAUGCAAUCCAGAAGGAUCUCACUUCCCCCUUUGAGCAGGGCCCUGUAUUUAAAUCACUUCGAAAAGAUUUUAGUAUAACACGAGAUAAUGGCAAAGAGACUUUUUCAGCAAAGGACAAGAAUAGAGAAGGACAUUUUCAAGAACGUGAAAAACGGUUGGAAAAAAUCCCUAAAGAUAUGGAUUCUAGAUUGAAAAGCAAUUUUCUUGACAAAGCAGUUCAUAAUCAAGUAGAAGAAACAUUACGGACGCAGUUAGCGCCACAAACUCCAGAAACUAACUUCAGGGAGUCUAGCUACCUAUUUUCUAGUAAGGAAUCUAUUGGACAAGAGCUGGGGAAUUCCUUUGCACCAAAUAUUAGAAUUAAGAAGGAGCCUUUGGAUGACGAAUAUGCUAAAGCUAUGGCCCCACAGCAGGGACUAUUAGACAAAAUUAAAGAUGAACCUGGUAAUUCUGAGGAGUACGGCCAACAGCCAAAAUCUCAGGAAGGGGAGCUGAAAAUCAGUGCUGUAUUUUCAGUCAGUGGCAAUCCUCUUGUUCCACAGCUGUCAUCAGGUUUCCAGCCUGCUGUGGCAUCCUCUGGCAUGAGUAAAAUGCUUCCCUCAGUUCCAAGCACAGCUAUUCGGGUUUCCUGUUCUGGCUGUAAAAAAAUCCUGCAGAAGGGGCAAACUGCCUACCAGAGGAAAGGCUCAACCCAGCUCUUCUGCUCCACACUGUGCCUCACUGGAUACACCAUUCCAGCUUCUCGCCCACCAGCUUCUACCAAGAAAACCUGCUCAAGCUGCUCAAAAGAAAUUCUAAAUCCAAAGGAUGUAAUCACUGCCCAGUUUGACAACACUGACUCCAGUAAGGAUUUCUGCAGCCAGUCUUGUCUGUCCACAUUUGAACUGAAAAGGAAACCUAUUGUCACUAUCCACACCAACAGCAUUUCCAGCAAGUGCAGCAUGUGCCAGAAGAAUGCAGUGAUCAGGCACGAGGUGAAUUACCAGAACGUGGUGCACAAGCUCUGCAGCGACGCCUGUUUCUCCCAGUUCCGCUCGGCCAACAACCUGACCAUGAACUGCUGUGAAUAUUGUGGAGGAUACUGCUACAGUGGCUCUGGCCAGUGUCAUGUCCUGCAGAUCGAGGGACAGUCCAAAAAGUUCUGCAGUUCCGUGUGUGUGACAGCUUACAAGCAGAAUAACAGAAUCAUUAAGGUUGGAAAAGCCCUCCAAGAUCAUCAAGUCCAACCUUCAACCAAAUACCCCAAAGAGUCACAGAAGUCAGCUAAAAUUACACCCUGCACACUGUGUAAAUCUCUGAGAUCUUCAGCUGAGAUGGUGGAGUGCACAAAUAACUUGGGGAAGACGGAACUGUUUUGUUCUGUUAACUGUUUGUCAGCAUACAGAGUAAAAAUGGUCACUUCUUCAGGUGUUCAAGUUCAGUGCAACAGCUGUAAAACCUCAGCAAACCCUCAGUAUCACUUGGCUAUGUCAGAUGGGAGCAUACGCAAUUUUUGCAGCUACAAUUGUGUAGUAGCUUUUCAGAAUCUGUUCAACAAGCCUGCAGGACCAAACUCCUCGGUGGUGCCCCAGUCACAAGGCCAGGUCGUUGUGAGCAUCCCCUCGGGGACGGUGGUCUCGGCCAGUGGCACCACCUCGACCGUGUCCCCCAGCUCCACGAGCACCUCGGCUGCAGCAGGGCUCCAGAGGUUGGCUGCCCAGUGCCAGCAGGUCACUUUUACCCGCUCUGUUGUGAAAAUCAAGUGUCAGCACUGUAACAGAUCGUUUGCCACCAAACCAGAGCUGCUUGACUACAAGGGUAAAAUGUUCCAGUUCUGUGGGAAGACCUGCUGUGAUGAGUAUAAGAAGAAGGGCAAUAUGACGGCUUUGUGUGAAUACUGCAGGUUUGAGAAAAUUAUCAAGGAGACAGUGAGAUUCUCAGGCGUAGAUAGAACAUUCUGUAGCGAAGUUUGUAAACUGCUCUAUAAACACGACUUGUCUAAGCGCUGGGGAACCCACUGUAAAAUGUGCAGUUACUGUUUACAGACUUCCCCCAAACUGGUCCAGAAUCACUUUGGGGGGAAAACAGAAGAAUUUUGCUCAGAGGAGUGCAUGUCUAAAUUCACUGUUUUGUUUUACCAGAUGGCAAAGUGUGAUGGUUGCAAGAGACAAGGUAAACUCAACGAAUCCAUAAAAUGGCAAGGGGAGAUGAAGCAUUUUUGCAAUCUGCUUUGUAUUCUGUUGUUCUGUAAACAGCAAGGUGCUUCUGACCCUCCACUCCCAAACAACACAGCAAACCUUUCCAUGGCACCAGCCUCCUCCUCAGGCCCUCCUUCUUUAAGAAAGGACUCAACCCCUGUCAUAGCAAACGUGGUGUCCCUUGCAAGCACCCCAGCUGCCCAGCCUACUGUUAACUCCAACAAUGUUUUACAGGGUGCAGUCCCUACUGUGACAGCAAAAACAAUAGGAGAUGCAAGUACCCAGACAGAUGCCCUAAAGCUGCCAUCAUCAAAACCACCCAGGCUUCUGAAAAACAAAGCUUUAUUGUGCAAGCCAAUCACCCAGACUAAGGCCACCUCGUGCAAACCUCACACACAAAACAAAGAAUGCCAGACAGAAAGAGAAGAACCUGCUCAACCCCAGAUCAUUGUGGUACCUGUUCCUGUACCAGUGUUUGUGCCAGUGCCCCUCCACCUCUACACCCAGUACACACCAGUUCCCCUGGGGAUGCCAGUACCUGUACCUGUUCCCAUGCUCAUCCCAACUACCCCAGAUAAUGCUGAUAAGAUCAUUGAAAAUAUUCAGGAAAACAAGGAAAAGAUCUCCAUUAAUCCAUUUGAAGCUGAUCUCCUUCAAAUGGCAGAAAUGAUUGCAGAAGACGCGGAGAGAGAAAAAACACACUCUCAUGGUGGAUCUCAAACAUCCGAGCACGAGCUUUUCCUGGACCCCAAGAUAUUUGAGAAAGACCAGGGCAGCACGUACAGUGGAGAUCUGGAAUCAGAAGCAGUGUCCACUCCACACAGCUGGGAGGAGGAGUUGAAUCAUUACACCUUACGAUCCAAUGCCCUGCCAGAACCUGAUCCAGAACUCAAGCAGUUCUCCAAAGGUGAUGUGGAACAGGACCUGGAGGCAGAUUUCCCAUCAGACUCAUUUGACCCUCUCAGUAAAGGACCGGGUUUACAUUCACGUUCACGGGCAAGACGGAGACACAGGGAUGGCUUCCCACAGCCAAAAAGACGGGGACGGAAGAAGUCUGUAGUUGCUGUGGAGCCCCGGAAUCUGAUGCAGGGCUCCUACCCCGGCUGCUCUGUUUCUGGGAUGACCCUAAAGUACAUGUAUGGGGUAAACGCCUGGAAAAACUGGGUCCAAUGGAAAAAUGCACAGGAGGAACAAGGGGACCUGAAGUUUUCAGUUCAUCCUGUGAAGCUCAAGGAGGACAUUCUCUCGUGCACAUUUGCUGAGCUGAGUUUUGGCUUGUGCCAGUUUAUUCAAGAGGUGCGGAGACCAAACGGAGAAAAAUAUGACCCUGACAGCAUCUUAUACUUGUGCCUUGGAAUUCAGCAGUACCUGUUUGAGAAUGGUAGAAUAGAUAACAUUUUCACCGAGCCCUAUUCCAGGUUUAUGAUUGAACUCACAAAACUUCUGAAAAUCUGGGAACCUACAAUUCUUCCAAAUGGUUAUAUGUUCUCAAGAAUUGAAGAGGAACACUUGUGGGAAUGUAAGCAGCUGGGUGCAUAUUCCCCCAUCGUUUUGUUGAACACCCUUCUAUUCUUCAACACCAAAUACUUCCAACUAAAGAAUGUCAGUGAGCACCUGAAACUGUCCUUUGCCCAUGUUAUGAGGCGCACUCGAACUCUGAAGUAUAAUACUAAGAUGACAUAUUUACGUUUUUUCCCACCCUUUCAAAAACAAGAGGUAGAAUCAGAUAAAUUAUCAGUAGGCAAAAGGAAACGCAGUGAAGAUGAGGAGGUUCCAACAGCAGUGGAAAUGGCUGAAAACACAGAUAAUCCCCUCCGGUGUCCAGUCCGACUUUAUGAAUUUUACUUAUCAAAAUGUUCUGAAAGCGUGAAGCAGAGGAGUGAUGUGUUCUACCUGCAGCCCGAGCGCUCCUGUGUUCCCAACAGCCCCAUGUGGUAUUCCACAUUGCCAAUAGACCCAGGAACCUUGGACAUCAUGUUAACACGGAUUCUUAUGGUGAGGGAGGUACAUGAAGAACUUGCCAAAGUCAAAUCAGAGGACUCUGAUAUUGAGUUAUCAGACUAACUGCAGUGGGGUAUUUUCCUUUGAAUACUCAUCAGAAGCACCAAAAUGUGAAUACGUCCAGCCUUUGGAAAAUGUGUAUCAAGUAAGCCAAGAUAAUGUCACCUACAGGCAGAUUUUGUACCACAGUGGAUGUACAAACUGGAACUGGAAGGAAGCAAGCUGUGUAAGCUGCAAAUCCCAACGUCCUGUGGCACCAGUCAAUCCUCGGAACAAAUCUAAGUGGAACUCACCUAUUGGAGUGGUGCAUAAAUCCUUUAUCUGUUUAGGAUUUUUAAAAGUUGUGAGAUAUUUUUAAGGAAAAUGGUUGUGUAAAAUCUACCCUCACACUGUUGGGCAUGGAGAGCUAGAUUGUGGCUCAGGUGACUUCCCAGCCUGCUGGCUGGCAGCCCUUGCUGCCAAGGAACACGUGGAGAUCCUCGAGCUCUUCCACAGGAUACGAGAGAAAGGGGUGAGGUUUAGACAGACACCUUCUGUUAUAAAUACACCUACACAUACACUUUUAUAAUUUUUUUUUUUUUUUUUUUUUUUUUUUUUUUUUUUUUUUGAAAACUGGGAUCAAAUGUUAGCAAGGCAGGAGCCGCUGGCCAUCCCAAUGGACAACUCUGGCUGCUGUCAAGUGGUCACGCGAGGCCAGACGCCGGCUCCCGCUCGGGGCUCGCGGCAACUCUCGCCCUGUUGGAAGAGGUGCUGUAGGUCAAACUUCCGAGUGACCUUUCGGAGGCUGUCCAGGAGGGGAUGUCCUGGGCUCUGUGCAGAAUCCCUUCCCCAGCCCCGUAGCUCUGCAGUCUGUCCAUAUAACCCAGCAAAUACUGUGGUGCACGGAAAGUUUAUUUCCCUUAAGGCAGCUUUCCUUUCUCCUCUUUCCCUACUCCUAUGGUUUUGAUUAUUUUGUAAGGCAAAUCUAGAGAGGGCUUUGUCAUUUCAAACAGAAAUACACACACACUCUUUCUCUUUCCACCUUUGCAACGCGGGCAGUGUUGUACAAAGGAUGCAGUAUUACUUCUGACAGCAGAACUGUGGUAGAAAAUGACCAUGUGUGUUUUUAUCCCGCCCCACCCAAAGAAAUUUAGUCAUAGUGUUGGAAAUUGAAAGAGAUUUUUUUUUAAGGCUUGGCUGUUACUGAGUCUUUUGGAAGAGAAAAGCUCCCAUGUGGUGUUUAGAGGACAGGACAUUAUCAGAUACUGUGUGUAUCUCCGUUUUCUCAAACUCUAGGUGUGUGUUUCUGAUGACCAGUGGUCACAAAUUCGUUGGAAACCCAAACUAUUUUUAAAGAAGAGAAUUGUAUGGUUUUUAUCUAGCUCUGGUCAGUUAUCCAUCUUCUGUAACAGGGAUCUGAUAUUUGAGCUUGUCACUAAAAUUUCAAGAGAUGAAAAUCAACAGCCUUGAAUAAUAUUUCCUUUUUUUGUUUUCUUUUGUUUUGUUUGGUUGGGAUUUUUGUUUUGUUUUGGUUUUUUUAAUUAUUUUUUUAGCAGUUACAAAAGUAAUUUAACAAAAAUAAAAUCAGAAAGUAGUCUAUUGACGUUGUGUACUCGGUAGUCCUGUCCCUGCCUGUAACAGAUUUCACUGAUGUAUUUUUUAAUACAGAAAAUUAUGUGAAAAGUAAAACCUGCCCCUGAUUCUGUCUGA